AUGGGUGGAUGUUUGACUCUUAAUCGGGAAGAAGCGGCAGCUCGCCGCAGAAGCGAGGAAAUAGAUCGGCAGCUGGCUGCUUUAGCUAAACAAGAAAAUCAUCACAUUAAAAUUUUACUCUUAGGUGCAGGAGAAAGUGGAAAAAGUACUUUAGUUAAACAAAUGAAAAUUAUUCACAGUGAUGGUUUUGCUAAAGAAGAAUUACUUAGUUUUAGACCCACAGUUAUGGAUAAUUUAGUGGCUUCUAUGAAAUAUGUUUUAAGUGGAAUGGGAUUGUUAAGAAUUAAUUUAGAAUCAGCCAAAAAUAAAAUUUAUGCACAAACUAUACUUUCCAAUGAUACUUGCUUUAAUGCUGACUUUCAAAUGCUACCCUCUGUAUCAGAAGCCCUUCAGACUUUGUGGAAUGAUAAGGGUGUUAAAUUAGCUGUUGCCAGAGGGUAUGAAUUUCAGUUAAAUGAUUCAGCAUUAUAUUUAUUUGAAAACAUGGAAAGAAUUUGUUGUGAAAAAUACACACCAACAGCUACUGAUGUCUUAAGAGCAAGAGUUAGAACAAAUGGAAUUUUAGAAACUAAUUUUUGCAUAAAUGAUGUUGUCAUCACAAUGUUGGAUGUUGGUGGACAAAGAUCUCAAAGAAGGAAAUGGAUUUAUUGUUUUGAAAAUGUUAAGGCUGUUUUAUUUGUAGUAUCUCUUAGUGGUUAUGAUAUGACAUUGUUAGAAGAUCCUAGUGUUAAUAGAUUAGAAGAAAGUUUGAAUUUAUUUUCUCAAAUAGUAAACAAUAGGUUUUUUAAGGAAUCUAGCUUUGUUUUAUUUUUGAACAAGCUUGAUUUGUUUAGGGAAAAAAUUUUAUAUUCUGGAAGACAUUUAAGACAUUAUUUUCCUGAAUACACAGGAAAAGAUUAUGAUGUUGAUAGUGCAGCCUUAUUUAUACAGCACAAAUUUUCACUACAAAAUUUUGAUGCAAAUAAAGUGAUUUACUCUCAUUAUUGCACUGCAACAGACACAUCAAAUGUUAGAGUUGUUUUUCAAGUGGUAAUGGAUAUCGUGAUGCGUGAAAAUCUUGGAAAUGUAACAUUAUUAUAG